AUGCCAUACAAAAUUGUAAAGACGUUUGAAAAGGGGAACUCAAAACUAUCAGCAGUACCAAGUAAUUGGGAAAAAGAUGGCGUUCUGCACUGGCCCAGAUAUAACGAAAACAAAUUAAGAAGAGUUGAAAGUUCGUAUCCUGAAUAUAACUGGCGAAAAAUUAAUUGCAAAGUGAAGAGAUCUAAUUUCAGUACUAUUCUUGAAGCGGAACAGGAAUUAGACAAAAUGUGUAAGAAGUCUGACACAGAAACAGACACUGAUGAGCAAUAUUAUGUGACAAACCAAAAAGAAAUGAUGUUUAGUCAACUUGUUCAAGAUUGCAUUAUGUAUGAAAAUAUUUCGUCAGUCGGAGCAGUUGAAAUGAAGGAAAAUGAUGUAUUGUGUCAACCUUUUCAAGCAAUAAAUUCAGAAAACUCACUGAUAGCAAUUCAAUCUCCAGUCAUCAAUACAGAUUCCAACGCUCAACAAAAUGUGACUCAACCUGAUGAAGCAACAAAUAUAGAACACACACUAUUAAUCAACAGGCGAAAGACGCGAUCGUUGAGUUUGCGAUGCAUACAGCCGUUGAGAGGAAGUGGCCGAUUCAAAGUCGACAAAUCAUUUUAA